AUGAGCUGUCACGCGGAAUUCAGUUUUCGCGCGGGAAACAGAUCCUCAACCUUCGAGGAGGGGCAAUCCGCGGUAAUAUACGAACAUGUUGAUGGAAUCUGCGAUGAUCAAGGCGGACUUUCUCAAGGGAUAUCAAACAGUUUAAUGCCGUCGAGCGGCAGGGAUACUCCACAAACAACGGUAUAUAAUGCGGAGAGGCAAUCUAUAUGUAUCAUUUCUCAUCCUUCGGCUGCCGCUGUUAUGCAGGUUGGAAAGAAUAAUAUGCACUCCGGCACAGACAACCCCUGA